GAAAAUAUGAUAAUAAUCUAUCUUGGUAUAAUUCUAGCGUGUAAAUUUUUAAAUUGUUUCGAUCUGUAGCAAGUUUAUUGAAGUUCCCAUCUAAGCGAUUUAUAUCCAAUGUUUAUUUCUAAAUGAUUUAUAUCCAAUGUUUAUUUCAUGUCCUGCAAUUGAAAACUGACACUAAAAAUAAUGUUCAUUUCUCUAUUAACAGUGAACUACUAUUGUGACCCAGACACCAGACAUGCUGCACCCCCGGCGCAGUGCCCAGUACGUCCUACUAUGCGACUCCUGUGAAACUGCCCCCCUACAGAGUCACUGUGAACGUUGUAAUAUAAAUCUCUGUACUAACUGUGUAGAAAAACAUCUCUUGGAUUCGUCUAGAAAACACCGAGUCAUACCGUUUAUAGAGAAAUGUUCUACUUCUAACUACCCAAGAUGUCAAAGCCACCCCGACAAACAGGGUGAAUCUCAUUGUGAGAAAUGUGGCCUUCCCGUCUGUUCUACCUGCGUCGCCUCCGGUAAACACAGAGGUCACGAUAUACCAGAUAUUCAGAAAGAACUCAGCGCUAAAACACAAGGUUUACGAACAGAUUUGGAAAAACUCAAGACCAGAAUUUACCCCCGAUAUCACAAAAUUGACUCCGAUGUCCGAACUGAAAUAAAACAGAGAAAAGAAAACAAAGCACGUCGACUAUUGAAAUGUACAUCGCGCAUUCCAGUCCAGUAGGGGUUUUAAAUUUUUAUUAGAUUGCUUUCUACUAAAAGAGCAUUUUUUGACUAAAUAAAGUAAAUUUGAAAGAUUUCAAUUUCAAAAUAGUUUUGUAAAUAUCCUCUACUUUUUAUCCAGUUGAAAUUUCUCUCGUGUAGCAUACCUCCUUAUAACAGUAGAAUUUCUGUGACGUUACGAAUGAAAUGCAAGAUCAGUUCUUUUUACUUGUAUGACGCUCACUUGCCAAUUUAUACAUAGUCAUGUUUAAUACCCCCCUUUAUUUUGUAACAGUACAUUAACAAGAAGGCUAAAACUAAUUUAAGAUUUGAUAACUUUGUGGACUUUGAAUCAAUUGAAGCAGUAGAUAAGGCGUACUUACGUAGUGUAUACAGGGUCGAUCUCGUCACGUACACGUAUUUAAAGCACGGGACUACACUGAAGGUCGAAAGAACAGGGAGGCCAUGUUGGAUUUACAGUGAACUACUCAUGUGACCCAGACACCAGACAUGCUGCACCCCCGGCGCAGUGCCCAGCACGUCCUACUAUGCGACUCCUGUGAAACUGCCCCCCUACAGAGUCACUGUGAACGUUGUAAUAUAAAUCUCUGUACUAACUGUGUAGAAAAACAUCUCUUGGAUUCGUCUAGAAAACACCGAGUCAUACCGUUCAUAGAGAAAUGUUCUACUCCUAACUACCCAAGAUGUCAAAGCCACCCCGACAAACAGGGUGAAUCUCAUUGUGAGAAAUGUGGCCUUCCCGUCUGUUCUACCUGCGUCGCCUCCGGUAAACACAGAGGUCACGAUAUAUCAGAUAUUCAGAAAGAACUCAGCGCUAAAACACAAGGUUUACGAACAGAUUUGGAAGAACUCGAGACCAGAAUUUACCCCCGAUAUCAAAAAAUUGUCUCCGAUGUCCAAACUGAGGAAGUCGAGUUAGAAACGAAGUACGGGAAACUGACCACAGUUGCCGACCAACAAGGAGAUGCCUUACUCCUUGAGAUCAUCGCCAUUGUCAACAAACGGAAGUCCGUCAUUGCAGAGAUGAAAACUAAACAUCGGGCUGCCUUAAGUAAAAACAAAGAUGAAAUCACACACAGUAUUACUGAACUUAAACAAAUCAUUCUAAAUCUGAAGACAAUAUUGGAAUCCAAUGACGUCUCCCUAAUCUAUACCUACAAAUCUAGGAAUGCCGAGUUCAGGAGAUUACCACCAAAAGUCCAAGUUACAUUACCAAGUUUGUCACCUCAGAAAAUAAACACAAAACAGCUCCGUGAAAUGUUUGGUUCUCUGUUGCCAUUAUCCAUUAACCCAGAAGAACGAGGCUACAUAAUGAGGUCAGUAGAAGCUGUAUCGUCUCCUCCAGUCAAACCACUGCUUGAUGAACCGCGCGUCACCGCCACCAUAGACACUGGGUAUGAAUAUCUAUACAUAUAUACUGUUAGCUGUGUCAGUGAAGAACAAUUCUGGACACGCAGGAGUAACGAAAUCAUGAAGCUCCUCAACCUCCGGGGUAAACUACUGACAUCAAUACAAACCAAGUCAGGGGACUGGCCGGGGGACAUAGCAGUGACACGGGACGGAGAUCUUGUUUAUACUGACCCUGAUGAUAACACUAUGAACCUCGUUAAGAACAAAAAGAUACAGACGGUGAUCACACUACAGGGGUGGAGACCUCUCGGUGUCUGCAGUACCUCAUCUGAUCGUCUCCUUGUUACCAUGAUCAGUGAUGAUAGAAAACAAUCCAAAGUUGUGCGUUACUCUGGCUCCACAGAGACACAAACCAUUCAGUUUGAUGAUCAGGGUCGUCCUCUAUAUUCAUCUGCUUAUUGCAUCAGUGAAAACAGGAACCUGGAUAUCUGUGUGGCUGACUGGGGAGUUGGUGCAGUAGUGGUGGUCAAUCAGUCAGGAAAACUCCGAUUUAGAUACACUGGUCAUCCCUCUAAAACCAAGCAAUCAUUUGAUCCAUACUGCAUCACUACAGACAGCCAGAGUCACAUCCUGACAGCAGACUAUGAGAAUCACCGUAUCCACAUCCUAGAUCAGGACGGACAGUUCCUCCGUUACAUUCACUGUAAUUUAGAACUUCCAUUCGGUUUAUGUGUGAACAUCAAAGACAACCUCUUUGUGGCUGAGUGGGUCACUGCUAAAGUGAAGAAAAUCCAAUAUCUAUCAACACAGUGUUAAUUACACAUCUCAACACAGUGUUAAUCAAAGAUCCAAACACUAUGUUCAUUACAGAUAUAAACACGGUGUUAAUUACAGAUAUAAACACGGUGUUAACAUAACUCAAGUGACCCCCAAACGUCCAGUCUUCUGAUUCAAGGUCACAGUCUUCUGUUUACCUUUAAUGACGUCACAACACGUAUCUAAAUCUCCACAGUCCUACAAAAUAAACACAGAUAGAAAUCUUAUCAAACUCAAUUUCCAAGAAUAUUGUAUUAAUUUACUUCAACAAAGAACUGACUUGAUUUAGCCAGUCUUAACAAUUCUGCACUGAAUGCUGCACUUAUUAGUGGUAAAACUACGAUUGAUCAUCAGAUUUUGUUAAUUGAUUAGUUCGCCGGGACGUCUUCCGGACCACAGGGGCUCGUUUGUCAGAUAUUGUUUUGUUUUGUAUUAUUUCUUCCCGAAUAAUAAAUUGAAGUUUUGCAUGA